AUAGAUAAAUAUAGAAACAAGUUAGAUCGUUAUGAAGAUAAUUAAUAAAAAUUUAUCUAAAGUUUCGAUUAAACGUUCAUCGUGUUGUUUAUUUGCAAUAAUUCGAUUCUUUUGUUCGUUUUUUUACGAUCACGAUCGAUAAAGUUCAUAAAUAUUGUAAGAAUAAUAUCGUUUGGUUACGUUUGUGAUUGAAUCUAUCAACGACGGAUCAUGUAAUCAUCAGUAAGAAAAAUCUACGAUAAAAUUUGAAAUAUCGUCUCUACGAGGUUUAUAGAAGAUUUUCUAUUAAAAAGAAAAUAAGAUUUUUAUUUGGAUCGAAGCCAGAUUUAAAUUGUUCAGACGACAUGGAGGAGGAAGAAAAUCCUGGUACAACGACCAACGAUAACGGAGUCGAACAACUUCAAUUACUUCGUGACAAAUAUGAAGGAAAAUUAACCACUUCCCUUUACACAGGGACACUUUUCGUUGCUGCAGUUGCUUCGAUUUUAGCCCUUGGUGCUAUUUGUUUAUCCAAUUAUCAGGAUUUCUCUCACAUAGUAAUACCGGUAUCAACGUUAUCAGUGAUGUUAGUAUCAUCGUUGACUCUAUUGGUGAUCUCCCAAUUACCUUCUACGUUAACAUCAGCAAGAACUAGAUUUCUCGUGGGACAACUAUCAUCUGUUAUACUUGGUUUUGGUAUCCUGAUACUUGGCGGUGCUAUUCCAAUGUUUGCUUGUAUCCUUUCGAUUACGGCAGCCCUACCAAGGAUUAAAAAAAGACUCAGACCAACCAUUGGACCUUUUAUCCUUGCCAUCAUGCACGUUGGACAAAGAUUUAUCUUUGAGAAAGAAUUAAUUGAUCAUAAAAUCAGUCAAAUAAUAAGUGAAGGUAUAUUGAUGCUUACUGCAAUCCUGGCAGGACUAUACUACAGGUUUCUAACAGCAACAGCAAAUAAAAGGACCUUUGCUGGUACAAGAACGGUGAUCGAAUCUCGGAUAAAAUUAGAAUGUGAAAGAGAACAGCAGGAACAAUUAUUGCUAAGCGUUAUUCCGGCCUACAUAGCUGCCGAGGACAAUCAAUGCAUGAGAAUCAAGAUAUUAGGAGAUUGUUAUUAUUGUGUCUCCGGAUUACCAGUUUCCCGACCUAAUCAUGCAUAUAAUUGCGUCAAUAUGGGCCUGCAAAUGAUAGACGCCAUUAGAUUUGUACGAGAAGCAACUGGAUUUAACGUUGAUAUGAGAAUUGGAAUUCACACUGGAAAUGUUCUCUGCGGUGUUCUUGGACUUCGCAAAUGGCAAUUCGAUGUUUGGAGUGACGACGUUACUCUGGCUAAUCACAUGGAAAGUGGUGGUCUUCCUGGGAGGGUCCACAUAACAAAAGCCACCCUUCUUCAGCUUGGUGAUCGUUUUGAGGUCGAACCAGGGGAUGGUGGAUCACGUGAGAAUUAUCUGGCCCAGCACAAAGUAGAAACCUUUCUUAUAAUCCCGCCUAAGAAAAACAACGAAGAAAACGGACUAGAAAAUGGUGGCAAUAAUAUACGUGGACCUGGACCUGUUCCCACGAGAUCCAGACCUAGCAGUAAAAUGACCAAAUACGUUGAAUGCUGGGGUGCCGAUAAACCUUUUGCAAAUAUCGCUGAAACAACUUUAGCCAAAAAUAUCGGAUUAACGAGCAUCGCUAUGAUCGAAUCUAAUCUUAUAGCAAACAAUACCAAUUGUUUCGAUAUCAAGCAAUGGUGCGGUGGUAGCGAAGAUAUUUUACCUUUCACCUAUUGGUUCAAAGACAAACAUCAAGAACUUCAAUACAGAGAACAAAAAGAUGAACAAUAUCCUUGGUAUCUUAUUGCAUCGAGCAUCUUUUAUACAUCUAUGUUUUCUAUUCAAGUAAUUUACAUGCGAAGGAGUAUCACCGUUUAUGGAUGUUUCUCAGCUGGUUUGGUAUCUUUAUUAAUAAUCGCUGGAAUUUCUUGGUUCGCUCGUAAAACAAGAUGCGAGAGCGAAUUAGAUGCUCCAGGGCAAGUUGCAUUUUGUCGUGGAAUGAGAAUGACUGUUUAUUUUAUCACAGCAUCUUUGGCAACUGCUUCAUCUGUUAUCAGUUUAAUCGAUGUUGAUAAUUCUUAUCAAGACGCACCGUUAUAUGUAUAUUCGGCAACAAUCGCAUUAGUCGUCAGUUGGACUCAUUUAAGAGUUGGUUUUCUUCUAAAACUCACAGUUAUGUUAAUCUCAAUCUUCAUAAUAUUAUUAACUUUAUCUCAAGCUCCAAUUAUAGAACUUUAUUAUGCAAAACACGAAAUCGAAUUUAAAGGCCUAAAUUACUUGCUGAAAAUAGGAUACUUAUUAUUAUUGGUGGCAUUAGUACUUCAUGUAUUAGAUAGACAAGUUGAGUACACAUCGAGAACAGAUUUUCUUUGGAAAAGUAAACUCAAAGUUGAACAAGAUGAUGUUGAAACUAUGAGAGGAAUCAAUAAGAUUCUUUUGGAAAAUAUACUACCUGCACAUGUGGCUGAUCAUUUUCUAGCUACUAGAACAACACAGGAACUCUAUCACGAAAGAUACAGUAGUAUAGCAGUAAUGUUUGCAUCUAUACCCAAUUAUAAAGAAUUUUACGACGAGACUGAUAUAAAUAAACAAGGUCUAGAAUGUCUAAGAUUAUUAAAUGAAAUCAUUUGCGAUUUCGAUAUGCUUUUAUUGAAACCUAAAUAUUCUGGUAUUGAGAAGAUUAAAACUAUUGGAAGUACUUACAUGUUGGCAUCCGGAUUGAGUCCUGGAAAAGAAAAUACUGAAGCUAAGGAUCCAUUACAACAACAAGAUCACAACGUGAUAGUUCUUGUCGAAUUUGCCAUUGCAUUGAUGACAAUUCUUGAUCAGAUUAAUAGAGAAUCUUUUCAGAGAUUUAAAUUGAGAAUAGGUCUCAAUCAUGGCCCGGUGAUAGCAGGUGUUGUAGGAGCACAGAAACCCCAAUAUGACAUUUGGGGAAACACAGUAAAUGUGGCAUCAAGAAUGGAUAGUUGUGGUGAGAUGGGAAAACUUCAAGUUACCGAAGACACAGCUAAAAUAUUAAUUGCAGCAGGAUAUGAAUUAGUUUGUCGUGGGCCUACCUUUGUUAAGGGCAAAGGAACAUUGACAACAUAUUUCGUCAAGACACCGUUCGAUAAUAAAGAGGACAAUUACUGAGUACCUGAUGAUUUUUCUCUCUAUCAUUUCAAUUAUGGUGACAUCAACGCGUGCGAGAGAAGGUGUGAGAUAAAAUUAAAAAAAAAUUUACGACCUCGUUGUGAUGAUUAUUAUUUCAAUUGAAGAUCAACAAAUAAUUCUAUACAUUUUGUUCUCUAAUUGGAAACAAUGUUUUAAUCGUUAAAAAAAAGAAUGGAAAAAGAAAAAGAAAAAGAAGAAAAAAAAUACGAAAAAUAGAUAAUGCUUGAUCUAUGUUUCCUUCGUACUCUCGAAUUCAUAAUCCGUGUAAAUAAGAAUAAUGUUAAUAAUAAUAAUAUAAAUAAUAAUCGUUACAUAUAUGAUCGUGUUCUUAAAAGAACUGAAAAAUAAUAUUACAAAUACUCGAAUAAGUAAACGCGAUGAUCUCAUGCGUGUAUUUAAGAAUUCAAGGUGUGUUCUUGACACGUUAUAAGAAAUAAUUAAAAAAAAAAAAAAAGCGAAAUCAUUGUUUUGUCUUAAUGUUUAAAAAUCAACGUUGAAAGAAACUUGACAAGUGACAAUCAUUCCACCAAAGUCACUGUCACUGUACUAUACCAUCUCUGAUUCUCUCUCUCUCUCUCUCUCUCUUUCUCUCAAAUAAAUUAUUGUAUUAAUUAUUGAAUCAUUCGCAAAUGUUGUGUCUUUCGGUAAACAUAUUUAAUAUACGCAUACAAUUUUAUUUAUUUAUUUAUAAAUAUACAUAUAUAUAUAAUAUAGUUUGAUCACUCAAGAAUUUUUGACUCUCUCACACCCUGUAUAUACUUUUUUAAGAUUUAAGUUUUAAGAUAAGAAAGAAGAUUAAAGAAAAAAAA